CUCUCCGGGACCUGAAGCAGGCGGUAAAUCGGUUUCAGGUGACACUCACUGUGAUUGGUACUCAGACUGGUUUAGACCUGCACCUGGCGCACAGGUUGUGUCUCGCUGACUUCAUUUGCUUUUCGUCCCACUGAAAAGAACCGCUGGUUUUUCCUGCUAACAUGAAGAUUGUUUUAUCGCUGUUGGCUGUUUGGGUCCCAUGCAUCUUAUGCGACCCUAUGAACUUCAAGCCGGAAAUCCCGCUGACUACUUCUUUCCGGGGUCUCCGCACUGCUACCACCGUGACCCUAAGCAAGCCUGUCUGUGUCUUUAUUGGCGGCGAUAUCGUUGAAGUUUUUGGAGUGCAAUCUACCGCGCCCUCAAUUAAAAAUAAAAUUGGCAAUAGCAACGUCAAAUCUUACCAGGAAUCCCGAGGUGGUGAACUUGAACCAUAUCAUGCUGGAAGAUUUGGAAAUCCACUGUGUACAUCUCUACCAUUCAGGAUAAAUGCAAAUCCUGUGUUGAGCCCAGCAGAAAUAGAUAGCUAUCUCUUCAGAGCUGGAAAUGAUGUUAAGUGUCUGAAGAAAAUUGACGAUGGUUCUGGAAUCUGCAAUGCCCCACUUAAUGGAAAUGCAUCUUACAGGUUUAAGUUUGCUCUACGUAACUCUACCACACGUUUAAUUGUAAGUGAAACACUCUGGUCAGAACCCAUCUCUCUUAUACAAGCUUCUGAUUAUAGAGUUAUCAAUACCCAGGUAGGCUACAGAACAGGAGGAAUGGUGGUGAUCACAACUAUUCUCAUCAUUCUUCUCUUCCUUAUCCUGUGUGCCUUUGUCAUCUCGCUUGUGAUUUCUUAUAUGAAUGGAGAGGGUCCUGUAAUAGAACAGCAGCCGGUUCCUAGGACCUACGUCACACAUCACCGAAAUGAAGACUACGCCGAAACUCUCACUACAGUAGGACCCAGAUCUACUGCCCAGCAGCAGCCAACUGAGCCGUCACUUUAUCAGAUUAUUGAGAAAUCAGCUUAAGCUCCAGGGAAAGGUCAUGAAAACAUCUAAGAGGUUCGCUAUUUUGGGUUGAAGACAAGAAUCUGCAGUGAGAAAAACACUGAUGUGCAACACGGCUUCCUUGCCUUCCUUCAGGCUAAAUUGCAUAACUAGAUUGCUAACCUGUUUGUACAUAUUCUGUGUAAUGCAUGGUGACUGUAUGGGGGGAAUUAAAUUCUAAUUGUGAUUCAGUUAACCUUUGCGUACAUUUGAAAUAAAGUCCUAGUUGCUUGGGUUAGUGUGUUGGGCCAGGUUUCACUGAGGGGCUUGCCUCUGCUUUGUAUCUUUGAUAUAUAUGUUUCAGCUUCUUCUCAGUAUUUGUUGCUGCUAAAAUUAGAUCACCUAGUCUCCAUACCAAAAUGAAAAUGUUAUUCUUUUCAAAAUACAGCAGCCAUUGUGGGCACAUGUUCUUUACUCAAGCCUCAGGUAGAUGCCUUUUAAUGCUCUGCAUUCUCCAUCAGUCUGUCCAGAUCCCUCUGAAUCUCUGGACACAUUCUUCCAAAGUAUUCUUAUUAUUGAACCAUGUGGUUUUGCAGCAGCACACUCUAGGAAUGUGUUAUGCAUAUCUUUUAAGGGAUGGUUCCUGAGGUCACGUCAGCAAGGCUAACUGCUAUGAGAAUUUGGGUAAAGUACAAAUGAUGGCAUAUACUGAAACUGACUGACAUUGUACAGGUGUUUUGGAAAGUUCUUUUAAAUAAAUAAAAUCUCAACCAUAAAG